AUGGCAUGCAAAGGAAGUAGCAGAGCAGACUCCAUGUCCUGCAGUGUCUUGAACUGGGAGCAGGUCAGCCGCCUGCACGAGGUUCUUACAGAGGUGGUUCCCAUCCACGGGCGGGGGAACUUCCCGACGCUGCAGAUAACUCUGAAGGACAUUGUUCAGACGGUCCGGAGCCGGCUGAGUGAAGCAGGCAUUGUGGUCCACGAUGUCCGUCUGAAUGGGUCUGCAGCUGGUCACGUCCUGGUCAAGGAUAAUGGGCUGGGAUGCAAAGACCUGGAUCUCAUUUUUCAAGUUUCUCUCCCAAGUGAGGCAGAGUUUCAGUUAGUUCGAGACGUGGUCUUGCGUUCCCUCUUGAAUUUCCUGCCGGAAGGAGUAAGCAAGCUGAAGAUCAGUUCUGUAACACUGAAGGAAGCCUACAUCCAGAAGCUGGUCAAAGUGUACACAGAGACUGACCGCUGGAGCUUGAUAUCACUUUCCAACAAGCAUGGCAAAAAUGUGGAGCUUAAGUUUGUAGACUGCAUACGGCGGCAAUUUGAGUUUAGUGUAGACUCGUUCCAGAUCAUUCUGGACUCCCUGCUCUUUUACUAUGACUACUCGGAAACCCCCAUGUCGGAGCACUUCCACCCAACUGUGAUUGGGGAGAGCAUGUACGGAGACUUUGAAGCAGCUUUUGAUCACCUCCAGAACAAGCUGAUAGCUACCAAAAAUCCUGAAGAGAUCAGAGGUGGUGGGCUGCUGAAGUACAGUAACCUCUUAGUACGAGACUUCCGGCCCAUGGAUAAGCGCGAGAUCAAAACGCUGGAGCGCUACAUGUGCUCCCGAUUCUUCAUUGACUUCCCAGACAUCCUGGAUCAGCAGCGCAAGCUGGAGACCUACCUGCAGAACCACUUCUCCAAAGAGGAGAGGAGCAAGUACGACUACCUCAUGAUUCUGCGCAGGGUGGUGAAUGAGAGCACCGUCUGCCUCAUGGGGCACGAGCGAAGGCAGACUCUCAAUUUGAUUUCUCUGCUGGCACUCAAGGUGCUGGCAGAACAGAAUGUCAUCCCUAAUGUCACUAAUGUGACCUGUUAUUACCAGCCAGCACCUUAUGUCAGCGAUGCAAACUUCAGCAACUACUACCUUGCUGGUGCCCCUGUGCUGUACAGCCAAUCCUACCCCACUUGGUUGCCUUGCAAUUGAUCGCUUCCCUCGA